AUGGCUCAAUCCAUUAGGCGCGAGGCUUUGUGGAUUGUCUUGUUGGUGUUCAUAGCCAUGGCUGUGGCAGCUUCAUCAGAAAGUGAUGGUGGUUCUGAGUCUUCCGGCGGAUCGAAGAAAGAUUCUCCAUCCCCUCCUAAAAAUAAUGACGACGGUCAACAUGGGAAUGGUAAUAAUAAUGAUGGUCAACAUGGGAACAACGAUGGUAACAAUGGUGAUGGUCAAUCCGGGAAUAAUGAUGGUAACAAUGGUGAAAAGGGCGGUGGCUCUAAGAAAGAUUCUCCUCCUACUCCUCCCAAGAAUGAUAAUGGUGGCGAAUCUAGGAAAUCACCGCCCCCUCCUAACCGCACUCCUCCUCCGGAGAAUGAUGAUGGUAGUGAAUCUAGGAAAUCCCCGCCCCCUCCUAAGCGCACUCCUCCUCCUACCCCUACAUAUCCACCUCCCGUUUCAUCCUCUCCGCCGCCAUCACCUCCUGCACCUAAACCAACUGUGCCGCCUCCUAACACAACUCCACCACCAUCUCCUUCUCCUCCUACUUCAACUCCCCCCUCAUCAAGUUCUCCUUCACCACCCCCAUUUUCACCUUCACCUUCGCCACCUCCCAGUACUACUCCCUCUUCACCUCCACCACAAACACCAUCACCUACUCCUCCAACUCCUACACCACCUUCAUCUACUCCUCAAACUCCGCCUCCAUCUACACCAACUCCUCCAUCCUCACCACCAACUCCUACUCCUUCUCCAACACCUCCUACACCAUCUCCACCUACUCCAACCCCAUCUCCACCUUCAUCAAACUCUCCACCACCCUCACCCAAGAAAGUCAAGUGCAAGAACAAGUACUACCCUAAGUGUUACGACAUGGAGCAUGCAUGCCCCAACUCUUGCCCUGGUGGAUGUCUGGUGGAUUGUGUCUCUUGCAAGCCAGUCUGCAAGUGUGAUAUGCCAGGAGCAGUAUGCCAAGAUCCUCGGUUCAUAGGCGGCGAUGGCCUCACUUUCUAUUUCCACGGCAAGAAGGACUUAGACUUUUGCCUCCUUUCCGACUCCAACCUCCACAUUAAUGCCCAUUUCAUUGGCAGAAGAAACCAGAACAUGAGGAGGGACUUCACUUGGGUGCAAUCCAUUGGUGUCCUCUUUGACAACCAUAAGCUCUUUAUAGGUGCACAAAAACCAGCAACAUGGGAUGACAAUGUGGACCACCUCGCCCUCGCCUUUGAUGGAGAGCAAAUAGUCCUUCCACAAGCUGAAGGCGCGAAAUGGCGAUCCGAGGCCACACCGACGGUGUCCAUCACUAGGGUCAGUGACACCAACACUGUGAUUGUUGAAGUUGAAGGGAACUUCAAGAUCACAACCAAGGUUGUGCCUAUCACUGAAGAAGAAUCUCGGGUGCACAACUAUGGCAUUACCAGCGAUGAUUGCUUUGCUCAUCUUGAUCUAAGCUUCAAGUUCUUGUCAUUGAGUGAUGAAGUGAAUGGUGUGUUGGGACAAACGUAUAGACGCGAUUACGUGAGCCGAGUGAAGGUGAAUGUGCCCAUGCCUUUGAUGGGGGGAGGCAGAAAGUUUGCAAGUUCAAGCCUCUUUGCUGCAGACUGCGCGGUGGCUCGGUUUGAUGGUGGCUAUAACUCCCGUCAGGGAGUUUCUUCAGAACAUAUAGAGUUGCCGAGCUUAAGCUGUGGCAGUGGGAUGGAUGGGAGAGGAGUUGUGUGCAAGAGAUAG